AUGUCGGCCUCUCCUUCGAAAGAGCCUGAGGUGGAACAGGAAGCGCAAUCAGGCGAAGACCAAGAACACAUGGAUAAGGACCAGGAACAAACACAGAACCAGGGAGAAUUCGAGGUGAAGGAGCAAGAUCGAUGGCUCCCAAUUGCGAAUGUGGCCCGUAUCAUGAAGUUGGCCUUGCCAGAGAACGCGAAGAUCGCCAAAGAAGCCAAGGAGUGCAUGCAAGAGUGUGUCAGCGAGUUUAUCUCGUUUAUCACCAGCGAAGCCUCUGAAAAGUGCCAGCAAGAGAAACGCAAGACGGUAAAUGGGGAGGAUAUUCUGUUCGCUAUGACUUCACUUGGCUUCGAGAAUUACGCGGAAGCGCUCAAGAUCUACUUGUCAAAGUAUCGCGAGACUCAGUCCGCCCGUGGCGAACACCAGAAUAGGCCAACGAGCAGCGGCUACAAUGCUGGAGGGCCCGUGGGCGGAUCCAGCACGCAAGGUGGACGACCUGGUGGAUCGGCUUCCGGCGGCUUUCCUGAAACGGCAGAUAACACAAACAAUAUCAUGAACCCUGGUCUGGACCCCUCCGAACAGGACAGUUCAGCCUAUGGCUACCCUUCGAUGGUCGGCCAGCCUCACAAUGGAGCAGGAGGCGAAUCGUACUAA